ACGACAACCAAGCUCAAGGUUUGCUUUCUAUUACAAACGUGAUAGCAGAACUCCGAAUCCCCAAGAUCCAGAAGAAUUUUCUUGAACGCUGUUUUGUGAAGCCUACAGGAAUCGAAAACAUCCAGAGAUUUGAUCUCGAUCCACCUCUUAAAACUUUAGCAACCAUCUCUGACGCCACCAUGAAAGCCAUCAGCCCAGUGAGGUCCAUGUCAAGCUGCUACCAGGCUGUCUGUUGCUUGUCUGAGCAGAGUCUAAGCAUUGCCAGGGGCAGCAGCCAUAAGGGACCAGGUGUGGAUGAGCCCAUGGGACUUCUGUACGAUAUGAACGGCUGCUACUCCAAACUAAAAGAGUUGGUGCCAGGGAUCCCCCAAGGAAGCAAGCUCAGCCAAGUUGAGAUUCUGCAGCAUGUCAUCGACUACAUCUUUGACCUGCAGAUAGUCCUGGGGGAAGAUCAGCAACAAAACAGCAUCCUUAACUUGCAGAAAUCUGAUUUCUCAGAAUUGGCAACACAAGGGGACGCCAGUGUCUGCCACUGACCUCUUCUAACCUCUCUGGUGUGGGAAACUCUGAGAGAGGAAUAAAUCCUCCCAUUUCCAUGAAGCAGAAGAAUUCAGAUUGCAAGACUAUUUAACCCUUUGGGACCCAGACAGACCUACAGCAUCUCAUCAUUUCUGAUCAUCACUUUGAACUUUCAUCCUUCACUUUAAACAAGAAAAAAACACAACAAUUUUAUGGACGAGAUAUAAUUUACUAAUUCCAUUUAAUUUCACUGGGAAUCAUUUUAAUGAAAUUCCUCUGAGACCUCCAACAUUGAUUCCAGUGUUUGCUAGCAAAUAUCUUAAAGACUUUUAUUUCCAUGAAUUUUUAAAGGCUUAAUUAUUGCUAAGCCGAUGCCUUAAUGUAACAGGCAACUGUAACUUACUGUAAUGGUGACAUUCCUUCUAGGGACCAAAAAUAACUCCAAACAAUUCCAUUUUUAGCCAUUUUCUAUAUUUCUAAAGUCCUAGUUAAAUAUCCAUGACUGAAAAUAUUCCGCUUUCUGUUUAACCCUUGUUUUUACUCUUUGUUAAUAAGAGCUGUAUAUAUAUUUUUGUAUAAAAUAGCCUUUCAUGUAUCUAGCUAUGUUCGAACGUGAAAGCCUUAAUCUGUGGCUCUGACCCCAGAAUAUCCCACUCUCUAAAGUAGAGAAGACUGAGUUGGAACUGCACAGUUUCUGAUUGAAGAAAAAACACACAAAACUUUUUAUAAAAGUUGUUAUUUUUGUUUAUGUGUAAAUAAAAUUACAUUAUUUUUAAAA